AUGGCUCUACCAUCGUCAGCCGGAGCACGAUUCCGGCAACGUAAGAUUUCUGUGAAACAAACGUUACAAGUAUGGAAACAGAAAGACAUACCGGAUCUUGAACUUGCUGAACAACAGCGGGAUCUACAGCAAUUCGAGACAGGUGUCGAGAAAGGGGAAGAAGAGGAACAUCAUUUACAAAAGGUGAUCAAUGCGUCUGCAGCCAAGAUCCAAGGUGAGAAGGUUGAGCAGGUGUACAUUCCUACUCCAGAUGCUUCCAAGGUGUGGGCAGAUGCACACAAAUAUUAUAAAGACGGGUUUUCUGCCCCUGCUACCUACAUCAAAUUCUCUGCAACCGUGGAGGACGUUUCCGGAUGUCCUUACUGUAUGGACGAAGAGGACGAGAAGUUUUUGGAGGCAAUGAACAGCAAAUCAGACAACAAGUGUACCGAGGAUGAGUUUGAGAUCAUAGCACACCGGUUUGAGACCGUGGUGAAUGAGAAACAACCGUUCUUGACCAUGGAUCCGCAACAGAUUUUGAGCUUUAAGGAGAUCGUGCAAAUUGCGUUGGUUCCAGAUAAGUCUGAUCCUGCCGACGUUGCACGGACAUUGGAGACCCAAUUGAAUAUACAUCCGUUCAAAACCUUACUGGAUGCUAAACCUACGAGCGGAAAACAGCCAAGACCACUUAAAGUGCUGUUUGACAUGUUUGGUCGCAAAAUAUACGAGCAUUGGAAAGCUCGUCGCAUUGAGAGACACGGGAAGCCCGUUUUCCCUGCUCUCAAGUUCGAAGAUCCUUCUCACAAAGAUGACAACGAUCCCUACGUUUGUUUCAGAAGACGUGAAUUUAGGCAAGCGAGAAAAACAAGAAGAACCGAUACCCAAGGUGCAGAGCGACUGGAGCUCUUUUACAAAGAUCUCAAGCAUGCACGAAAUCUUAUGUUUAUGGUCGCUGAGCGUGAGGUGAGGCGAUUUGAGCAGAUCAAGACCGAUCUUGAGAUAUUCAAUUUGCGGUGCGAAACCAAAAAGGUGAAGCGAGAACUUGGUGUCAAGGGAGAAGAAGAAGAUCUGAUCACACACAAGAAGAAACGUCCCCCAUUACCGGACCCAGAGAUGUUCAGAGCUCAACAGAUGUCUGAGAAAGAGAGACUACUAAACAAAGAGCGUCGCAAACAACAGAUCGAGAAGGAGAAGCUGAUGGCUACACAGAGACAACGGUACCAGAAAGGAGGGGCCAAUGCGCAAGGGCCACUUGGACAGGGAACGAAUCCUGUUGCUGUGCAACCGUAUGUCAAGCUUCCAUCCUCGCGUAUCCCCGAUCUGGACUUGACUACGGUGAAUGCUGUUUUGCAGGAUAAGCUGGAAGGUAUCAAGAAAGCUGUUAGCGACAAACUGGUGAAACGGCGUGCUCAAGACGAGGGAUGGGUGAAUUUCACAGACGACCCAUACAAUCCGUUCUUUUCGAUUGCAACCAACGAAGACGAGGCAUUAAAGGAGAGAUCACACUUGCCGUACUCAUCGAUUGCCUCGUCGCUUUACCAGAUCGAGAACUCGCAAGAGACCAAGUACUCCUCGAUUUUUAGUGGUCACAGGCACUACAAAGACGAAGACGUUGUGAGGAUCAACGCUUCAGACGGAAAGCUGGUUGCAAACGACAGGAACAACAUGCUUCCUGAGUUUUACGACCUGAGCGGCCAGGACCGGGAUUACGAAGACACUGGCUUUUACAAUCUCAACAACGAGAAUCAAAACAAGCUCUCAGUUUCUGAGGUUCUCUACAAGCUGAGAAAGCGUGUUGGUCGGUACGGAAGAACAUGGAUAGACCGGAAGAGGGUAAGCGACGACCAUGGAUUCGAAGACUACGUCGAUGAGUCCGAUGACGAGAUGGAGCUCGAGUCCGACUCUGGCGAGGAGGACACCAAGGAAGAGCCGUUGACACCUCCUGAGAACGGAGAACUGUCUUCGCGCAAGAGACACAUCGACGUGUACGACUCUCAGAGCGAUGCCAAGCGGCGACUCAAGUCGCGGUUCAUGUUUGACUCCGAUCUUCCGUCGUACAUGCCUUUGGAUCCAUCCAAGUUGAACCAGAUCGGAACACAGACCCAGGCCAUACGGUUCGGAUGCAUGCUUUUGACGAAGGCGUACGACAGCAUCCACCACAUCCGUCAGAAACAGAUCGAGGCACACCAACAGCGAAUCUUGCAACAACAGAGACUGAUGCAACAGAAGCAAAAGCAGCUGGCUAACGGCUCUGCCGACACGAACGGGUCAGGCCUGUCGAACAAAUCAGGUUCUCCUGCUCCUGGUGCUGCUGCCGAAACGAAGAAACUUAAAACUUGA